AUGACCAGCUUCCGAGUGAAGGUAUGGAUCCUGCCAUCUGAGGAGGACGUUUGGGUGUUCGACGCGGCAGCACAGCAAAGCAUCUUCCAUGGAAUGGCACGGGUGAUUCAUGGACAAGAUGUCGGACUCUCGUGGACCACCCACUUUAUGGUUGACACCCCCAUCGAGCUUGUUUUCUCCACCCCACCUGGAGACUCCCACCUACCGUAUCCUGCACUUAUAGCUACUCCUUCUCCCAUGUCUGUUGAUCCCCGUACUCCCAGUUCUAGACCAGUACCUACGCCUGUACCAUUCCCUACUGAGGAACCUACUCCACCCCCUGUGACCACUGAGAGAGAUACAUAUAUGGCAGAACCCUUAGUGAGGAAUGAUGAUGUACUGCCCCAUAUGCUCCCUACCUACCUAAACACUUAUUCGCCCUUUACCACAGUUCAUUCACCACCUCGCACUACUGGAUGGAUUGUAGAGGACACAGAGGACGCUGCUUCUUCUAGCUCUGCUUCCCCGACAUCUUCUGAGGAGUCCGAUCCCAUUGAGGAUUAUUCUCCUCUCGACUGA